AACUCAAGAGACUUACUUAAACUAGGUCCCUUCUUAAUUUUUAUAAAGGACUCGAAUCCUUGGUCUAUACGACCAUUAUACUGUUUCCUAACGUUAUGUCUAAGCAUCAGCAAAAGUAAUUACAGUCACAACUUAUUCACCGCAAAACUGAUUGUGCUGUGUUUCAUCAGCAGCCACCUCACUAUCAAGAGAUAAAGAGAUGGAAUCGUUUAUGGCGCUCUUGAACUCACCUUUUUAAAGAGUAUCAACUGUUGCUUUCACUACGGCGCCAAUAACCUAUCUCAUCAUGGCUGAUUUUACAAGUUUGGAUUUUACAAGUUUCGAUUAUGAUGCAUAUGACUACCUACUCGAUAGUCCAAUUCAUGACAUAAAUAUACCUUAUGACACAGAUGAGAAAAUAAGGUGUUGCGACUGUGAUAUAUAUGACGAUUUCGAACAUAAUGGCGACCCAAAUAUUGCUUUGUGCAAGCACUGUGGUCAUGCGCAUUGUACUGACUGCGAAGAGGGUGGCUUGGGGGAGGGAAGGAUAAGUCCCGGUCUUAUAGACUUGGGAGAUUCUGAUUCGUCAAAAGAUAAUGACUCCUUUUUUUCCGUGAGUUCGCUCCCCUGAUACCAUGACCUCGGUAUCUGAAGUAGAAGGAAUAAAUGCACUUACUGCUUGUCCAGAGUUUCAUGGAUAUAUUUUACGAAGAAGGGGAUAUUACAUCUCUAAUAUUGGAAGCUGCAUCAAAAGAGAACAUUGGAAUAAAAAGGACGCGACGCAAAGUCCGCAGGUUGCUUAAGCGUUGUGCUAAGGAUCUCAAAACAGAGACACGAAACAAACAGCAGAAGGCAGCUGCAAUACUUAUACGGUCGUUUU